AUGGGAGAUAUAUUUACAUCUGUAAGCAAGUUGGAAUCCCGUGGUAAACUCCCUUCUCAAACCGAAAAGAACCCAAAUGUCAAUGUGGUGACCUUUAGGAGUGGCAAACAAGCCGGAGAAAGUAGUUCAAAGAAGAAGCCAAGGGAAGAAGAUGAGGAAAUAGAAGUCAUUCCCAUCGAAGAACCUAUAAUCAAGAAUGAUACACAAGCCGAAACCCCAAAGAAGAACACCCCUCUAAUUCCGAGAUAUGCAAAAUUCUUGAAGGAGCUUUGCACCAACAAGAGAAAGUUGAAAGGAAAUGAGAAAAUCUCGAUGAACGAAAAUGCAUCCGCGGUUUUACAAAGGAAGCUUCCACCCAAGUGUAAAGAUCCUGGAAUGUUCACAGUCCCUUGCAAGAUUGGAGAUGUCACCUUUAGUAGUGUUAUGCUUGAUCUUGGUGCCUCUAUCAAUGGCAUGCCCCACUCGGUGUAUGAAUCAUUGAAUGUCGGACCCUUAAGCGAAACCGGUGUCAUAAUAUCUCUUGCGGAUAAAUCAAGUGUCUUUCCUAGAGGCAUUUUAGAAGAUGUCCUAGUACAAGUAAACCAAUUGGUCUUCCCAACGGAUUUAUAUGUGAUUGACCUAGACGAACAAGUGUCCUCAAAAUCGGGUAUAAUCUUACUUGGGAGACCAUUUUUGAAUGCGGCUAGAACAAAGAUUGAUGUGUAUGCGAGAAGCUUGACAAUGGAGUUUGAUGGUGAAACAAUAAGUUUUAACAUUUUAUGA